CCCGGCCCCUCCCCGACUCCUGUCUGUCCACUGGCUGGCGCGUACCCACUGCCUCCUGCGUGCCGGGUCCUGUGUUAGGUGUGGGAACACCUGCGUAAGCCAACAGCCCCAAUGCUGCCAUCCCGAUUCGCACCCACCCCUCACCCUAGAGCCAGGUGGUGGGAGAGGGGAGGGGCAAGCCCCCAAGCUCUCCAAGCAGACCCCCGAUCCUUGGACCCCGCUCCUCCUUGGUGUUCCGCUGUUCUCUGCCAAUUCCUCCCGCAACGUUUUCCCCGCCUUCGGCUGGUGAGGGGGACUGAGCAAAAGUCUGCCAGCAGGGGGCGCAGCAGGGCAAGGGCCAGCAGGUGGAGGGGCCUGAGCGGUAGCCCUGAGGCUGGUGCUGCCGGGUGGGGCUGUGCAGCUCUGAGAACCAGCCCGGCUGGAACCAAUCCUGGUUUAAGCCAGACCAGAACUUCCUGCGACUCGGUGAGCACCAGCAUGCUCACCACACACUGCUGGGCGUACAGCUCACCUCGGGGCUCCUGGCCGAGGCUUGUCCUGACCAGCGGGUGCAGCCCUAGCCUGGUGGGCCUCACCCCAGUGGCCCCAGGUGGUGCUCGCUGUCGGGGCUGCCCCUGAGCGGGAGCUCUGACAAUGUUUCCAGUCAUGGGUGCCCUCUGUCCCACCGGCAGCCCAGGUGGCUGGGACCCGUCCAGAUGCCCGGGGCAGAGCCCAGGGCGGAGGCUGGGAAGGCUGGGCAGGGUCCUCUCUAGGCCCCGGGCGGCGCCAGCUUCACCCCCAGGGAGCGCCUUGCCCCCUGGCUCCCUGCCUUCCUAGCAGGCUGUGCAGGGCAGGCAGGGGCAGCGUUGGAGCUGGGACCUGGGGUCGGGGGGCCUGAUCGGGACCCUGCUCCUUCUCCCCCUCCAGCAGAGCCCUCAGGGUUUUCACACCCGGCGUGGGGGCGGCUUCGCCGUCUUCCCAUACAGGGCGGUGACCCCUGUCAAACCACCAGGUGGGCCAGGCGGGGCCGACAGAGCAGCCCCCCAAAGGUUCUGGAGGCUCGGGUCUGAGUUCAGCUCACCCCGGGGCGUCCCUGGCCUCUUCCGCCGCCAGAACUAGCCCCCCUGGCCCUGACGAUUGGUUUGGCCGCCUCGUUCCCCGCUGCAGACCCCCACUCCGUUCUGGGAAACCUUCCGUGCCCCAGGCUUCCGACCUGGCUCUAUCCCCGCUCCGCGAACCAGGCCCGCGAGUCCACGCACUUCUUUGGUCCACCGGGCCCAGCGACCUGGCUGGGCUCCGCCCGCGCACCUGCAGUGCUGGUUCCGGAGGGGUCGCACCGGCAGGUGCGGUGAGGGCGGUCGUGGGGCCCAUGCGCAGCCCUGUCACUGCCCCACAUCGCCCCCGCACGGGGCUGAAGACCCCCGAACCCAGCGCGCCCGAACCAGGGUCUCCCGGCAGCUGUAGGCAGAUUCGAAUGGUACCCGCGGCUUCCCGCGUGUCCCAGGCGGGGCCGCAACCCGGGAAGGGGCGGAACGUCUAGGUCCCGCCCACGUCCCCGCCCCGCGCCCCAGUCCGAACGUUCGGACCCCGGGAGCGGAGUAGGAGCCGGGCGCUGGCGACCUGAGCACCGCGCGGGCCGGGAUGCGCGCCCGCCUGCGGUCCCCGCUCCCGGCCCUGCGCGCCGUGCGACCCCAUGGCAGGUAGCGGCGGCCUAGGCGACGGGGCCGGCGUCGGCCAGGGCGCGGGGGCCGGGCCCGGGCCAGCGCUGCGGGCACCCCGCGGGCCGCUGGUGCUCUGCGCGCUGCUACUCGGCGCUUACUGCCUCUGCGCCCUCCCGGGCCGCUGUCCUCCGGCCGCCCGCGCUCCCGCACCGGCUCCCACGCCCUCCGAGACGCCCCUCGCCGCCCGCCGCCCCGGCGCGCUCGGCUUGCUUAGCGCCAGAGGCCCGGGACGCCGGCGCUUCCCACAGGCGCUCAUCGUGGGCGUGAAGAAGGGCGGCACGCGCGCCCUGCUGGAGUUCCUGCGGCUGCACCCCGACGUCCGCGCCCUGGGCUCCGAGCCCCACUUCUUCGACAGGUGCUACGAGCGCGGCCUCGCCUGGUACCGGAGCCUGAUGCCGCGUACCCUGGACGGGCAGGUCACCAUGGAGAAGACCCCCAGCUACUUCGUGACUCGCGAGGCCCCCCGUCGCAUCCUCGGCAUGUCGCCGGACACCAAGCUGAUCGUGGUGGUGAGGAACCCCGUGACCCGGGCCAUCUCCGACUACGCCCAGAUGCUGUCCAAGACCCCAGGCCUGCCCAGCUUCCGCGCCCUGGUCUUCCGCCACGGCCUGGGCCCCGUGGACACGGCCUGGAGCGCCGUGCGCAUCGGCCUCUACGCCCAGCACCUGGACAACUGGCUGCGUUACUUCCCGCUGUCCCACUUCCUGUUUGUCAGCGGCGAGCGCCUGGUCAGCGACCCGGCCGGGGAGGUGGGCCGCGUGCAGGACUUCCUGGGCCUCCGGAGGGUCGUCACGGACAAGCACUUCUACUUCAACGCCACCAAGGGCUUCCCCUGUCUCCAGACAGCCCAGGGGAACAGCCGCCCGCGCUGCCUGGGCAGAUCCAAGGGCCGGCCCCACCCCCGGGUGCCGGAGGCCGUAGUCCGACGGCUGCGGGACUUCUACCGGCCCUUCAACCGCAAGUUCUACCAGAUGACCGGCCACGACUUUGGCUGGGACUGAACGGAGCCUGGCCUGCCCUGCCCCUGGCGCCUGGCACUUCUGUGGGCACCUGCCGGGUGCAGAGAGGCGCCGUGCUUAUGAAAUAAAGCUGGGACCCAGUCCCUCGGCUUGGCCUUGAGGGCAGAAGGUGUGGCCGCCCUGACUGGGGCACAUCUCCUCCCAGACCCGUCCCUCCUGCGCCCUCAGGGCCUGCCCACAGCUGAGCCCUCCUCUCCGCCUGGGAGGCCCCGGGCUGCCCUGUGCUGUGGGGCAGGACUACCGCUGGGUCUGUUCGUCUCGGGGCCCAGUGCACACUCCUUCCCGCAAGCCCCAUGGGCGACUGGGGCGGAUGUGGGGUGCAUGCGAGCAGAUCUAGUGCAGCCUGGCCUGCCCAGCCAGCCCCGCCCACACCAAGUUCUGCCGCAUUCACCCUGUACUGCCCCCUGCUCCAGGGCUGGAAGGCCUGCCCAGCUGCAGCCCAGCUGCCUGUUGGUAACCCAGGCUGGGCAACUGGCUCCAGUGCCCCCCACCCCUCCCGGGGGAAUGUGAGGCCCGGCCUCGGUGCCCCUCCUCCCCCGCCUCGGUAAUGACUCUCACCUACUCCUGGCCUCGUACUGUCUGCCGGGUGCCCACCAGCUGCCCCGACAAGGCCCUCAGAGCCUGCGUGGGCCCAGGCCUGGGGCGCCAGGGCUGCCCAGGGCCUAACGUGGUCUCCGUGGCCCAGGUUGCUCCUGGGCUCUCUCGGCCUGGCCUUGGCCCUGAUGUGACCUUUGUCUCUCUGAGCCCCUUGGAGCCACUCUCCAUCCUGGGAUCCAGGAACAGACAGCGAGGGAGCCCUUGGGGCUGCUUUUCUGAGCCCACCGGGUGGCCGCCAGUCUCCUCUGGAUGCCCUGGGCACGGGGCUGGAGGCGGGGCCCAGGGCUCAGAGAGCAGACCCUGGAAGCGACAGCGGAGGGGGCGCCCUGGUGUCUCCGGCUCUCCGGCAGUGGAAGCUUGGCCCGAGCGGCCGUGCGUGGUGCACGCCGUCCAGCCGAGGGCAGAUGCGGUGGGUCCUGUAGCUGCUGUGGGGGUGGGGCUCCCCGGAAGAGCCAUGGCCUUCCAUUUAACCCCAGACUGCUUCCCCGGCAGAGCCAUGGCCUUCCAUUUAACCCCAGAUUGCUUCCCCGGCUGCCCCGUGGGUUUCCCAUGGCGGGAUGUUCCAGAUGGGGAGAGACGUGCUGAUUCAAUUACCUUCUUCCUGUCUGCGCCUGGGACCCCUUUCCUGCCACUCCUACCCCAGUCAGGCUGGGAGGGGUCUGCAGGGGGGUGCUGCUUCCCAGGGAGGGGCUGGCGCUGGACCCGCCCCCCUCCUUGGGGCCACCCCCCGCCCCGUGCUGCCAGCGGCUGUCCUGCCCCUGCAAACCUGGAGGAUUGAAGACCGACUCCCGGCAGCCCGUGGACACGGAAGCGCAGGUGCAGCCUGGUCCAUCCCUACAGCACAGACGACCCGGCAGGGAAGCCAUGAUGUCUGACACCUGCUGCCGUGCUGAUGAGCCCCGAAAACAGGGCGCUAAGGGAGGCCCGGCCUUGCACCCCAGAACCAGCGAGUGUGUAGACGGAAGCAAGCGGCGGUCGCCCGGGGCUGGGGCUGGGGGUCCCGGGGAGGACUGCUCAGUGGCUACAGGCGCUCCUUUUGGGGGCAAGAGAAUGUUCUGGCAUUGCAGAGGUGGGGUUUGCACAACAUUGUGAGUGCGCUAAACGCUACAGGAACGUCCACCCUAAAAUGGGUGACUUUGUGUGAAUUCCAACAUGGUUUUAUUUCUUAUUUUUACAGAUUUAUGUUAUUCAUUUGAAAGGCGGAGUUACGGGGCGGGAGAGAGAGAGAGAGAAAUCUUCCAUCGAUGUUUCACUCCCCAGAUGGCCACAAUGACCAGGGCAGGGCCAGGCUGAAGCCAGGAGCCAGGAGCUUCUUCCCGGUCUCCCACGUGGGUGCAGGACCCUGGGGGUUGGGCCAUCCUCCUCUGCUUUCCCAGCCACAUUAGCAGGGAGCUCUAUCGGAAGUGGAGUGGCCGGGACCCAAGCCAGUGCCCACAUGGGACGGUGCGGUCCGUCGUGGGAGCCUCUGUUGGGUCUCGGGUGGCGUGAAGGCUCCUUCGAGGAAGGCAGGUGACUGUCACACGGUGCGGGGGCAUCCAGGGAGCCUCUCCUGCGAGGGGUGAGGGGCAGCUCCACCCACAGUCCAGCUGUGCAGGUGGGGGCUGGGAGCAGGAUCCGUUCCCGGCCUGAGGGUCUCCGAGUGUGGCUCCUUCGGUUCCUGCCCCAGCCGCGCCUCCUCACCUGCUCCAUCAGCCCCCCGGCUCAACCUCCGAGGGCAGUGUCUGCAGGUCCCCAGCUCACACUUCCACUUCUCCAGUGG